AUGUAUGCAAUACGGACACUAAAGAGCUCAAGCGCCGUGGUUUCUGCAGCAAGAGUGGUACACAGGCAUAUGGAAUGCAUUGCUGUAAACAGAGGAUGUGCUGUGGAGAUAUACAGCCAGGACAUAAGGCCCGUGGAUGCAAUAUAUCCCAACGGAUGGGUGCUGCUUGCGAUUCCUGUUACGGUCUCAGGUAAGCAUGGAAUACUGUUGGUGUAUUCAAAAGGAAUGUAUGCCAUAGUGUGUAGCGGAGUGUGUAUGCAUACAGGCGAAAUGCCUGUGAAGGCAAGAUGGACAAGAUGGAUCGAAUGCUCACGAGUAUUUGUUUUUGUUGCAGAAGAAGGAUGUGUGGCGGUUGCACACAUAAAUGGUGAAGAGUUGGUGUUUGCCAGUGAUGUAAACGACUUCGGUUACUACAGGAUUAUUGGCUGUUUCUGGAUGCGGAGCCAUGUGGGGUUUGUACUUGAGGAUAUUUCACGAGAUGUGUUUUUGGCAAGGUACAUGCCUGAGCAGAGCAGUAUACGGAUGGUGCUGAAGGAACGAGUAAUGCUCAAGAAAGGGAUCCGAUACGCAGAAGUGAUUGAAGAUGGAAUCCUGCUGUUUGGGAAUGGAAAGGUGCAUUACUAUGAAGAAGACAGGUUUGUGGCUGAGAGUGAGUUUGCAAAUCCAACUAUUAGAUGUAGCUUGGCAACUGAGAAAGGUGUCUUGCUGUCUAUGAACGAUGGAGAAGUCAUUCGUGUCUCUUUGAGAAGGGAACGGGGCAUGCAAAGCACUGCCAUGCAUGCAUCGAAUGGAAUAGCGUUGAGAACGGAGGUUCUUGGAAAUGUGGGCACAUGGUUUAGUUCGAUUGUUCCUGCUGGCGACGAGUGCUAUUAUGCAGCAUCGAGUGUUGGUGCAUCAUAUUACCUGAGGAUAGGAAAAAGGCUCAAGGUGCUGGAGGUGUUUGAAAAUGAGGGAGGAUUAGAGGGAUUGACAUUUUUUGAAGGGAAAUUUGAAUACACUACGAUGAGCAGCAUAGGAUGCAUGAUGUAUGGUGUUGAUCUGUGUGCAGAGCCAAGGUAUGAGCUUCCAAGUGCUGUAAGAAGAUUUGGAGUGUUUGAAAGAAGUCUGAUUGUUUCAUAUAUGAAUGAGGGAAGGAUGUAUGGAGAGCAUAUACAGGAUGAAAGAAAGUUUGAUGAAAUAUUGAAUGUGUAUACUGGAAUGCAUUGCUACUUCAAUACACGAAGCAGUAUAUUUAGUGUGAAUGGUGUGGAUGUUGCCGAGGUUGAGGAGAGAGGAAUUGUGUUGACAGCAUAUAAUGAAAGUGUGUGUGUUGCCUAUACAGAGGAAAGAUGCAUUGUGAGCAUAUGCCUUGAAACCAUGAGCAGAGUUAUGUGUGUAGAGUGCAAGUAUGAGGUGAGCCUACUGUAUAUUGGCAAAUACCUGUUUGUGUCAACAUACAACGAUGAGUUUGUAAUCAUGGACAAGAAUAGCCUGAAGGUUUUGGAUGUAAGGAGGCAUGAGAUGCUGAAGGCAGCAUGCGAUGCCAACGGAGACGUGAUUUUUGUGGGGAUUUCUGGAAUGUGUUAUAGAAUGUGCUGCAGAGAUGAAGAAGGCGGUGGAGUUGGCAAGAUUGUUAUUGAAUGCCUGUUUUCGUUUGGAUUUGUGGUUGAGACUCUUAUUUAUGUGUGUGGGUGCUUAGUGGGGAUAGGAUGCAUGACUGUAAUUGCGGAUUUGAAUGAGUUUUGCCUAUACAGAUGUGCGCAGGAAGGAGUAUCGUAUGGAGUGUUUGCAGAUGAGCUGUAUGUUUCGAGAGGGAAUGAAAUAUACAAAUGCAAGCUUGUGCUUGAUCCGCGGCUUUUGGUAUCUACAAGGCAUCGUUGGGUUGGAGAGGAAGGACAAGGCAAGGUGAUGCCCAGAUUUGUUGCAAAUCAUGAUGGACAAGAAGUAUGUGGAUAUGUAGAAUUUAGCCUGAGCAUUGGCAAUGAUGCAGCUAUUAAUUCGUAUGUAGCAGUAGGUGCAAAGAAGAAGGGGGCUUUGAAGAUUGCUGAUGAGAUAUUGAUGGAAGGAAAGUCGCUGUCAACGGAGUACUUCGUAGUUGCAAGCAAUAUGUCCAAAGAUGAAGACAUGUCGAAAAUAUAUAUGCUUCUGAUUAAGAACGAAAAGAUUAAGGUACUAUGCGAGGUGAUCGGAAAGGGAGCAGUUUAUGGAUUGUGUAUUGAUGGAGGAUAUGUGGUGGCAAAUAGAGGAUGCAUGCUGUAUGUAUACAAACGACGGGCAACGAUGCUUGUUGAGCUGUGCGGAUUGGAUAUUGGGUUUGUGCCGUAUAAGAUAGUGAGUGAUGCCGGUAUAAUUGCAUGUUCAUGCAUGCACAGAUCAUUUGAGGUGUUUGUAUUUGUCAAGGAAUGCAAUUCAUUGGCACGAGAGUUUGCCUGUGCAGAAAGGAUACAGGUGGAGGCGAUGAUGUUUGUGCCUGAAGGACUUUUUGUCACAACAUCUGAUGGGAGGGCUAUGCUGUAUGGAAAUGGAUAUGAAGUGGUGCUGUGCUUUGAUACAGAGUGCAUAACAAGCAUGGCUUAUGGAUCGCUGUCGUGGCAACAGGCACGCAUGAUGUAUUUUUUGACACGAAACGGAAGGAUUGGAGGAAUAUGCAGAGUAAACGAAGAUGAAGCGAGCAUCCUACUUGAGCUGGAACAGCAUGCAAAUACUCUUACAAUAUGCCCAAAGCAGGAAAAGCCAGGAAAACUCGUUGAUAUUGAUCUGAUCAACACACUAAGCAUACCGGAGAUAGAAAGAUUUGCUGAUGAUAGAAGACUUAACAAAAAUACACUUUUUGCAAUUCUUAAUAAGAUCAAUAGGAUGUAUUGA